AUGUCAGAAAUGCAUGUAUACCGUCAGCUUUGGUCAUUUGGCAUCCCGCUGAUACUCGCGAAGUUUAUCCAGAAGCUCCCUGACAUGGAAGGCGCUUCUACCUCCGGUCGAGCCAAGCCCCUGGCUUCCGUGGAAUUAGCCAAGCAUUUGCUCCAUUUUCUUUGGGUCUGCGAUGAGUACAUCUUCAAGCACCCAAGGAUCAGGCUGCAAUUGUCCUUCGCGAUUCUUGUGAUGAUGUACCAAGGCCUUCGCCCGGGAGAGUUCAUUGAGUGUAGUUCCCAGCGUGGCCUCAACGAGGGAUUCACCUACCAGGAUUUCGCUCUUCAAGCUCAGCCCGGCUCGCACGGGGAAAAGCGCCGCUGGGUGCUCCAGAUUACGGUCAGACUUCGGAAGAACCAUCGAGGGAACCAGAGGGACAACGUUACGCACAUCCUCACGGACGAGCCGGGAAACCCACACCUUUGCCCGGUGACGCAUUUCUGCGCAUUGGCCUUCGCAGACGGCGCCUUUCAGAACCUGAGAUUGCCUGAGGAUUUGAACAGAGUCAAAACUGGGGCCACAGUGCGCAUUAAAGACAGCGUGAAGCAUACGUCUGUGCUGCGCAGACUCGACCAGGCCGGUCACGUCUCACCAACGCUUGUCUUUGGCGCGGACUCUCUCAAUUUCUACUUGAAUGGUCUGGGCGAACGAGCCGGUUACCGUGACAAUCUCACCGCUUAUGCUUUCCGACAUGGCCACGGCAACAAGCUCGAUCAAAUGCUCAGCUCUGUGCAGAGGAGGCAGCGCAUGGGGCACAAGAGCGACGACACUUUCCAGUAUUAUAUCUCACGCAUCUCUGGCGUGGACACGCAAUCGAUCAUGCUGGGUCGGGAGCCCCGUCAGGAACUCAUGGAUCACGUGCGAUCCAUGGCCAAUCAUCAUGACCCUGUCGCCCCAGCCCUACUGGCUCUCGAUUGA